AUGUGGGACUCUUCAGGACACGUGUCAAGACAGAAUGAUCUUGAACUUGUGGCUGCCAACAUUUCCUCGUGUUCUGCGCUUGAGUUUUCUGUGGCUUCUCCACUGGAGUGGGGCCAGGGUGACGGUGGGCUUGCCGGAAGUCCGACAGCUGCAGGUGGCAGCAGGUCCAGUCCGUCCACCUUUGAGCCUGGCGGCGGCAUGUCCUUCCCCACCCUGCUUGAUGACCCUCACUGGCUGAAUCCCCUAGAAACUGGGAGAAGUGUUGGGGGGAUGGGGCUGAGGAAGCUUGUCUUUGCAUUCCGCAACCCCACUGCUGUCUGA